UUCGCCUUCAACUUUGCUCCGUUUCGGUUGCCAAAAUGAUACGUUUAAAAUCUCUGCGUUUCGCUAGUGCGUUCAAAAUAUAAACAAAUACAAGUGCAAGCAUUAAUCUCGUGCUAGACAGUGAAUUAGUAGUGGUACUUACCGUUACAAUCAACUUUUUCCUUUGCUGAGCUAAAAAGCCAAAGCUGUCCACCCUUUUUUGGAGUCUCAGUGGAGCUGUGUAGCCAUCUCGCUCGCACACGGCUUGGCAAUCGAUAAGCUUAACAGCAGUGCUGUCCACUUGCUGUUGGCUGUUAACUUUAGCUGCUAGCUUGCAGCAACGAGUGUUUGGAGGUAAAAGUUUAAGGCGAGACGCCAAAAUAAUCGCCAUCGAAUAUCGAACGAGUCACAGUCGCAGUUGAAACGUUGAGUGAGAAGCUUUUCGUCGCGCUGUGCCAACCCGCAAUUGUGUUAAAUAUACUAUCGAAAUCUGAAUAUUCAAUAUAUGUACAAAACGAUUGUUUCUUAAAAUAGCCGCUUAAUCUUCUGUACAAUAACAAGUGCAAAGAUCAUUUGUGUACUUUUUAGUGAUCAAACUUGAUUGUAGUGAAAUUGGAACGCUGGCGAAAAACCCGUUAAUCUCCAAUGAGGCGACACUUUUGGGAGAAGGAAAAUUCAUAAAUGAAAGCUUCUAAUUGCCAGAGAAUGAAAAACGCGACAAGAAAUCAACGCGAACGAACAAAAGCAAAGCAAACUUUUUAGGCAGCCCGAAAGGCAGCAGCAGCGAAAGCCGCGAAAAUUGAGCCAACGAAGCUCCGGCGAUGCUGUUGAUGCCCACAUCCUGUGGGCCGGGGCCACCCAUCGACCUCGGCCCCUCGCCCUCGUUCUCGUCCUCGCCCACCCACUACUCCUCCCGCUCCCGUACCACCAACCCACGACAAGCGGCAGAUGAUGGAGAACCAACGGUCCGACGGUCAGGGACCCUAACCCAAAGGCAAAGUUCGGGGUCGAGCAUUCCCCAAUGGUUGCUAAUCCUCCUUGGACUCUUCGUCAUUCUCGCCCAGACACCAAAUGGCCAGGUGGCCGCCGAGAAGAGUAAACACUAUUACAUGCAGUCGCUGUGCAAGAACCACUUCCUCCAGCAACUGUAUCGGAAAAUCGAUGGAGCCGUGCUCUGGUCACAGAACGAGAGAAAUCUGGACUGCAUCAUCACCUUCCAGACUCACUCGGUCCUGCAGCGCUUCAUGCUACGUUUCGAUAUGUUGCAGCUCGACUGCAACGAUCACCUGCUAGUGUAUGAUGGAGCCCAUGCCGUUGCCACACCAAAGAUUGACAUCUCCUGUCGGAACACAAAGAACACCGUCAACGCGCUUCUGACGCGCACGAACUUUGUGACUCUGAAGUACGUGACCGAUGGCUGGGGAACGGAUGCCAAUGGCUUCAAGUUGGUGAUUACAUCGGUGAAGGAUCCCAAGCACACCUGCAAGGAUUUCACCUGCGCCACCCGCGAGUUCUGCAUUCAUCCUGAUCUCCUGUGCGACGGGAUUAACCACUGUGGCGACAACUCCGACGAAUCAGUGCAGAAUCUCUGCCAGAGUGAGGCGAGCAGCACCGUUUUCGGGCUGGAUAUGACCUGGUUCGUCUUGAUUGUCGUUGGAGUCCUGCUUGUCCUAAGUGCGCUCAUCGUGGCAGUGGCCAUUUGCGUGUGCCGGCGCCAGGAUGAGAACGCCGCCAACCAAAACACCGCUCUCCAGGUGCAUCACACGGCCGACACGAACGGGUCGUCGAAGCAUCUGCACUACCAUGGCAUCAGUGUCGGCGGGACACUGACGCGGGAGCACACACAACUGCCGACGUCGGGAAACUGGCAUCACCCUGCGGGACCAUCCGGGUACCACCGCACUCCACACAACUACUUGAAGAUGGCCACCAAAGUCCGUCCCAUUUGGUGCUUGGCAAAUUCCGUCAAUUAGGUCAAGAUCUUUCGCACAAUUCCGCCGGGCUCAGCCAGACGAACAUCGCCGGAGCCGGCCAUCCCAAUGCCAACGCCGUCGGCGCUGCGCAGAAGGAUGAAUGGUUCGUCUAGGACCAGGCAAGGCAUGGAAGGACCGAUUGACUUGAGCACAAUAAUCUGUACUUUAUUAAGUAAAUUUAUGGAUAUUUGCAGAGCAUUAAAUGAAGACUGUAAGACUAUAUUUAACAACAAUUAGUGUGGACAUCACCGCGCAGGGUGUAUUAUAAAGAGAUCUCUACUCGUACCCAAGCAGAAUCUCGACCGCAUUGGGCAGAACUUUGCUGUUCUGUCGGAUAACCAAUGCACUUGUAAAUAGUUUAUAAAUAUUAUAUAUCAUUUAUGAUUUAACUGAUUAAAACUACAGGCUGGCUAACAAGAUCCCUCAAAUCCAUAUCCCCAAAAAGGAAACCAAAACAGAAAAAGUUCUUUUUUUUUUUAUUUUGUGCAAGUAUGUUGGCAUUUAUUUAGAGAAUUAUUGUAUGUUUAGAAAGCAAUUAGAUUUGAAUUCCAUUAAACACUUAGUUUGCAUAGCGGGUUGCGUUCAAUAAGCACAGACAAAGAUCCCUAAAAACUAUUGUAAAACGAAUCCGGAAGUAAUCGCUGAUUCCGAGAGGUUAACUAACAUUUGAAAGAUACAAUCGUAAGCAUUUAAUUGAAUUGUGAACAGAAACCGUAAGAAGUAUUAAAGCUCAACAAGAAUAACCGAUAACUGUCAUUAAUAUACAACUUCCGAAUCUUACAAAUUUGAGAUAAAUAACUGGCAGUGUUGGCCAGGGCGUUUUUACAAAAAUUAAGCUGAAUUCUAAUCACAAAAUGGACACAAGAAGAUCAACCAAAACAAGGGAUGUACAUAAGUAGUCGACAAUAUACUUACAAACAUUACAAAAAAAAAAAAAGAAAACCAAAAAUCGAAACUUCUAACGCAAACUGUCAUCUAUACAAUUUUUCACCUACCACUCUACUCACCAUUGUCCACUUGGAAGUCUGAAUUUGGCCGAUCGAUGAUCAUCAUUCUUGGGGUAUCCAGACAUCCAGAGAGAGACUCCCAAAAGAAGCGAAAGAAACAUUUCAGCGAGAGACUCAUUCCUCAUUAAAGAACCGAAAAAGAAAAACCAAAUGCUAAACGGAAAUAUUCUGAGACAUUAAGGACAAUACAGUGAAAUCUUUUGCUUUUGAUACAACUAAAUUGAGAACGUGACGAAACGUGGCAUGCAUUUUAACCUACAGAAGUGUCCGAAUACAAUUUUCUACAAUCAACCAAAAUGGAAUUCUACACAAAAUUAAACAACGUAACAAUACAUAAACAGAGUUGAAACAUUUUGCUACAAAAUCGAAUGAUAACGAUCACAUAUAUAUAUUACUAUAUUGACGACGAUGUGUGUGUCAGGAAACAUGAUGAUAUUGUACGAGAGAGUAACUUGAGAAAAACCAAACUAAAAAUGCUUCAAAAUGAUUGUAGUACUUCCCGCCGUUAAUAUUUUUUUAAUAUAUCGUACAUACUACAAAUACAGAUGCAAGUCUUAAUAAUAAUACUUAUACUAAGAAGCAAUAAGUAAGAAUUUUCCGCUGCUAAAAAUUUGUCUUUCAAACUACUUCCAUAGGCCCGGAUAGUUUAAUAGUUUUGUGGCUCCUCAAUUUUCAUUUCCCAGAUAAUAAAUAAUAUCCCAUUAUCUCCUUUGCUAAAGCCAGAAAAUAAAAACAAAAAAAAAAUAUAUAUCAAAUUAAGUGCAAAAUUAAACACUAAUCGGAGUGGAUGAUCAAUGCGAUUAAGUCAAAUUAAAUUAGUUUUGUACUUAGCAGUAAUUGAAAACCCGAUAACUAAAUUAACUAAUCUUCUAGGCAUAAAUUGCGCUGAAAAAGUAUCUAUUCGUUUCGAUCUUCUUUUGCCCCCUCUCUAAUUUGUAAAACUACAAGCGUCUUAUACUAUAUCAUAAAUUAUAGGAAAAUGGUAUUAUGAUAAAUUGAAUUUUUAACCAAAAUUAUAAGCAAAUUGUAUUAGGCGUCAAAUUUUAGAAGAGAAAAUGAAAAAAACCAAAAGGCCAGUUAAGCUGAAGGAAACUCAUUGAAUAGAGUAUAUGUUAUGUGUGUGUAUGAGCUAAAGAAAAAGAAACCACAUUCAUACAUGGCAACAAAUUAAUCUUAAUUACUUAAAAACGAUGAUAAUAAAUGAUACUAAAUAAUAAUUAACUGAAUAAUCACAAUGCUAAUUUAUGCAAUACAGGAAUAUUGAAUACUGAAAAUUAUGCGUCAAUAAAACGUUUAGGCAAGAUUGUAUUGUAAUAUCUAAUCGUAAUUGUACUCGUAAUCGCAUGCCUACUCCCCACUGGUGAAAAUCGGUUAGAUCAUGUCGUAUAAUGAGUGUAGUUAAAAUAUACAUAUUAUAUUUACCUAAAAAUUACAAUUGGGAAUUCGAACUGGACUGGCAAGUCGAUCGGGAAUUACGAUCCGAAUAGUUUGUAGACCCAGCAACAGGUCGUUCCCGAUGUUUUGUAAACGAUAGUAACAUGAAGGUUUGUGGUGGUGGUGGGGAGAGCUUUUCGUUUCCCAGUGUAAGUGUUAAAAUGUGUUAAGAUUACUUUUUUUUACCAUCUACAGUCUCUAAAUCUCGAAAAGACUUUGCCGCAAUUAGUCUAACUCUACUUAUUAUAUGUAAAUGUACGGUACAUGUGUGUAUGUACCUAAGAAUAAUAGCGACACCGUAAUCCGAAAAUGACAUUUUACACUCUCCGGCUUUAUGAUUGAAAUUACUAACAAAACUUCUAAGUUCGGUAGGAAAUCAUAUAUACUUGCAGAUGUAAAUGAAAUACUUUUUGUGUGAAGUGAGCCAAGGGUCUAAACUCCCUCAAAGGAUAACUAUGGGCUUAAAAGCUAUUUAAGUAUAGAUUGACUAGGUAUACACCCGAGAAGGAAGAGAUAUCCACGGACAGUAAAUCGUAGUGCAAAUGUUAGACGAAAUUUUGCAAUAGAGCCGAUUUUGGAUCGUUACUCCUCUAGGGAGUAUCGAAAGCAUUAUUUUCCUGAUUAAGUUAUUGCACGCAUUCGGAACAAACAGAACAAGUCCACAACUUUUAGAGUUAUUGCCAUUGGUUGAACAAGAAUAUAUAAGUAUGCAUACCUAAAAGCGAGAAGAAAUUAAUGAUUAACGAUGAGAUCAACAUACUAACCCGAAUCGAAUGAUUAAGCCUAAGUAAGGGAUCGCGUAAAGUAAUGCUUAGCUUUGUGUUAAAUUGCUGUUGAAUAUAAAUGUACUUGUACAAUGAUAAUAAUUACGAUGGCAUUGAACAUAUAGAAACACACAGAUCAUCAACAAGACACAACAAACAAUAACAAUGCAAGAAACAGAACCCAAAUCCAAGAACAAACUAAUUAUAAUAAAAUAAAGAAUAUAAAACGUUAA